CUUCUUCUCCCUCGCCCCCCUCCUCUCUCCUGCUUUUCGCCCUCGAGUCGGUACCCUGCCUUGACCACAUCACCCUCAAGCCGCCCAGUCCCAAUCAUGACUUCUGCUCGCCUCGAUAUCCUCGCAGAGAUACACAGACUCUCGACGCUCGUACACCACACGGUUGGGCGCUCGCUCGGGCAGUGCUCUGAACGCGAUACUCCCCUCGGGCCCAGAAGCCAGCCAGCCUCGCAGAGCUUUCAGCGCUCUCUGACGCUUCUCCGAGACGAGGCCAUCGCAUCGCUCGAGACGGAUCUGUCCGAGCGGCCACUACGUGCAGACGUGCGCUCGUCUCUCGUCGCGCGCUUCUCCGUCGCGUGUGACGAGAGCCUUUCGGCAGUUCAACGGGGGCGCGCAACAGCCCUGCACGAGACGUCGCUCCCGUCGGCCCAAUACCUGGCCCAGGUCGAGCAGGCUCUGCUUCAAUCGCUGUCACGUUCCCUCUGUUCAAAUCGGCAGACGCUUCUCCGAGUCGUCGAUGACGCCGUCGCGCGCUUCAGAUCGGACGCUGAGGCUGCAGCCGCCGCCUCGCCAUUCGGCGACGAGAGCGAGUACGGCGGCCCACAGCAGCCUGAGGACGCUCGCUCUCAUCGCAGCGCCGCCGUCGCCAUCCUCGAGAAGGCCUUCGAACACGCUCAGGCCAUCACGAUUGCGGAGAAGCAGCGCCUCGCGGCGGCGACGGGGCUGGAGCCGCGGCAGGUCACAAUCUGGUUCCAGAACCGGCGCAACCGCAAGACAAAGGAUGGCGAGGCACGCUACGUCUCCGGCAGCGCCAAGUCCACCGCCGCCGAGCCGUCGGCGUCGUCUCCUGCGGCCGACGCAUUUUCGCGCGACGCCGACGCUGCAGGCGCAGCUGCUCAGGGGCGCGCGUCGGGCAAACGCAAGAGCAUGGCGCUCGACGACGAGCGCGACGAUGCCCCACGGCUACCAUCCACCUUCGGCCACGACGCCGACAAGCGCCGCCGCAUGGCCGACGGCAGCACACAGCGCACCGGCAGCGGCUCGUCGGCGAGCUCGCUGGCGAGCCGCAGCAGCAGCUCCAGCCUCGGGAGCAGCCACACGAGCUGGGACAGCGUGCCGCGCUCGGCCAAGGCCCGCGGCGGCUCGGGCUCGUCGGGCACCACCGUCACGAGCAUGGAGAGCUGGGCGCCGAUGAGCUACAAGCCGCCGGGCAUGUCGCUCACCGGCGCCGCGGCGCACAUGUCCGAGGUCGAGCUGCAGCCCGUCUGGCUCGCCGGCUCGCAGUCGCAGGGCUCGCUGCACGGCGGCGGCCUCUCUCAGCAGCAGUGCAUGCGGCAGCACGACGAGCACAUCUCGCAGAGCCUCAGCAUGAUGGACACGGCCUACGCCGCGCCGCAGUCGUCGCAGGCCUCGUCGGACGGUUCGCCGCCGCCAGAGCCCAGCUGCACGCCGCUGCCGGGCGACAUGCUGCUGCUCGAUGCGUAUGGACAGCAGCUGCUCGACUGGGACGACCUCGAGCUGGAUGCUUCGCUCAAUGGCGCGCUGGUACUCAGUCCCGAGCAGCUCGACCUCGCCAGCGGCCUCUCUGCCGAGCUUCAAGCCGCCGGCUGGAGCCCAGGCGGCAUGGACCUCACCACGCCGCGCCAGCCGUCCUUCGCGCAGUCAGCGAGCACGCCAGUCUCUCCCGCCACCAUCAGCCAGACCAUCCUCGCCUGGCCAGAGAGCACCACGGACGCGUCUGCAUUCUUCGCCAGCUUCGGGCCUGAGGCUUUCGCCGAUCUGCUUCCCGCCGACGCCGACCCCAAGGCGCAAGCACCGCAAGAGAUCCAUGUCCCCGUUCACGUCGACAUCGGCCCGGACACGUCCUUCUCCUUUGCCGCCGGUCUCGAGAGCUGGGCCGCAUGCCCGACGUCGCUCGAGCACGUCAUCGAGCAGUGGAAGGGCUUCGUGCCGUCUGCCACGCCCGAAGAGCUCGCGUCAAGCAGCGCGAUGGACAUCGACGACUCGCAGAUGAACGAGCUUGGCGAGCUGCGCCGGCACAGCGAGCAGGCGCUGUUCUACGAGGAGAGCCAGCAGCCUAUGCUGCUCGCGUAGCUUCUCUGCGGCCAAAUCAGCGCUCCAUCGGACCUCGUCUUCAUCUAGAUACCCACGCCAUCUUCCCGCUUUGCUCUCCUGCCCUUCCCGCCUCGCUAGUGCCUUCCCGCUGCUCACAUCCCGCUCCGCUUCUUUCUCGCCAGCACGGCGCUCUCGCCUUCCUCCUCCUUCGUGCCCUGUCCAUUUGCUCUGCUCUGCCGCUCACCUCUCUCGCCGCGCCUCGCUUUCUACAUAGUCACGUCUCGCCUCGUCUGCUCGCUUCAUUGUUCCCGCUUGCGAAUGCAUUGUCCCUGCACAU